GUGUUUGUGUGUGUGUAUGUGUGUUGGUGGAUGUGAGUACGAGGAAGCAGCGGCCGCCAUUUCACAGAGCUUGCCGAAGCUGUCGCAGGGGUGGAUCCUGAGCUGCCGAAGCCGCCGUCCUGAACUUCCGCGCGGGCUCCUCUAAUCCCAUUGUUUCUUUUAGAUUCGCUCGGGCCUAUCCGCCCUCGGAGCCCGAAAUUCGGGCUGGGCGGUACCGUGGCCUGGGCCUAGCGGCUUAACAGUAGCAACAGCGGCGGCAGCAGCAGCAGCAGCCCCCCUCUUCCCGAAUACAAGCACCCCAGGGGCCCGAAAGCCCGCACAGGCGUUUAGAGAAAAUGGCAGACGAUAUUGAUAUUGAAGCAAUGCUUGAGGCUCCUUACAAGAAGACUUGCCUAACGAUAUCUCACCUCUACUCCCAUGAAUUCACCUUUGAUUCCAGUGUGAACUGUCAAUCAUAAGGGCGAGAUGUGUGACAGAGGUGGCAUCAAGCUCUUACAGUCCCAACCCUCCAACGGAAAUGGGCGAAGAUCUCAGGAAUGGCAUCGGUCACAGGAAAUCGAUAGUGGCUGGCUGCUAGCAUGGCCACUUGGGGCUUAGGCAGAAAUAGAGCCAUGGAUGAGAACAAGUUGAGCAGUGCAAACGGCCAUGAAGAACGUAGCAAAAAGAGGAAAAAAAGCAAGAGCAGAAGUCGUAGUCAUGAACGAAAAAGAAGCAAAAGUAAGGAACGGAAACGAAGUAGAGAUAGAGAAAGGAAAAAGAGCAAAAGUCGCGAAAGGAAGCGAAGUAGGAGCAAAGAAAGGAGACGGAGCCGCUCAAGAAGUCGAGAUCGCAGAUUCAGAGGCCGCUACAGAAGUCCUUACUCCGGACCAAAAUUUAACAGUGCCAUCCGAGGAAAGAUUGGGUUGCCUCAUAGCAUCAAAUUAAGCAGACGACGCUCCCGAAGCAAAAGUCCAUUCAGAAAAGACAAGAGCCCCGUGAGGGAACCUAUUGAUAAUCUAACUCCUGAGGAAAGAGAUGCAAGGACAGUUUUUUGCAUGCAGCUGGCAGCAAGAAUUCGGCCAAGGGAUUUGGAAGAGUUUUUCUCUACAGUAGGCAAGGUUCGAGAUGUGAGAAUGAUUUCUGAUCGAAAUUCAAGACGUUCCAAAGGAAUUGCAUAUGUGGAGUUUGUGGAUGUUAGCUCAGUGCCUCUAGCAAUAGGAUUAACUGGCCAACGUGUUUUAGGUGUGCCAAUCAUAGUACAAGCAUCACAGGCAGAAAAAAACAGAGCUGCAGCAAUGGCAAACAAUCUACAAAAGGGAAGUGCUGGACCUAUGAGGCUUUAUGUGGGCUCAUUACACUUUAACAUAACUGAAGAUAUGCUUCGGGGGAUCUUUGAGCCUUUUGGGAGAAUUGAAAGUAUCCAACUCAUGAUGGAUAGUGAAACAGGUCGAUCUAAGGGAUAUGGAUUUAUUACGUUUUCCGAUUCAGAAUGUGCCAAGAAGGCUUUGGAACAACUUAAUGGAUUUGAGUUAGCAGGAAGACCAAUGAAAGUUGGUCAUGUUACUGAACGUACAGAUGCUUCCAGUGCUAGCUCAUUUUUGGACAGUGAUGAACUGGAAAGGACUGGAAUUGAUUUGGGAACAACUGGUCGUCUCCAAUUAAUGGCAAGGCUUGCAGAAGGUACAGGUUUGCAGAUUCCACCAGCAGCACAGCAGGCUCUACAAAUGAGUGGCUCUUUGGCAUUUGGUGCUGUGGCAGAAUUCUCUUUUGUUAUAGAUUUGCAAACAAGACUUUCUCAACAGACUGAAGCUUCAGCUUUAGCUGCAGCUGCCUCUGUUCAGCCUCUUGCAACACAGUGUUUCCAACUUUCUAACAUGUUUAACCCUCAAACAGAAGAAGAAGUUGGAUGGGAUACAGAGAUUAAGGAUGAUGUGAUUGAAGAAUGUAAUAAACAUGGAGGAGUUAUUCAUAUUUAUGUUGACAAAAAUUCUGCUCAGGGCAACGUGUAUGUGAAGUGCCCAUCAAUUGCAGCAGCCAUUGCUGCUGUCAAUGCAUUGCAUGGCAGGUGGUUUGCUGGUAAAAUGAUAACAGCAGCAUAUGUACCUCUUCCAACUUACCACAACCUCUUCCCUGAUUCUAUGACAGCAACACAACUACUGGUUCCAAGUAGACGAUGAAGGAAGAUAUAGUCCCUUAUGUACAUAGCUUUUUUUCUUUCUUGAGAAUUCAUCUUGAGUUAUCUUUUAUUUAGAUAAAAAUAAAGAGGCAAGGGUCUACUGUCAUUUGUAUACAAUUCCUGUUACCUUGAAAAAAUAAAAAUGUUAACAGGAAUGCAGUGUGCUCAUUAUCCCUAACUAGCAAAUCCCACUGUAUACAAAGCUGUUCUCUUGUUCUGCCUUUUAAAUGUACAUGUAGAAAAUUACAUUAAGGAUCUAUAGGAAUAGUUCUAGGGGGGAACAAAUGUGCUUAAUGUAAAAAGGCAGACAGGGAUGUAAUUAUGUUUUUAAUGUUUCAGAAGCCUAACUUUUUACACAGCAGUUAGACAUUUCACGUUUCACUAAUGUUGAUACUUGGCUAAUGGUUUAGCAGAGGUUUCUGGAGUACACAUUUAGUGUAUGGAAAUUCAAGACAGCUAAAGGGCUGUUGAUUAAAAUCUCAUCUUGCUUCGUGAUCAAUUGGCAAGAAAAAGAUUUCAAGAUUACAUUUCUGGAUGGUAUCUUUUCAAUUAAUGUAUCUGUAAAAGUUUCUUUGUAAAUAUUAUGUGUUCUGGUGUGUCUAAGAUUCCAAACAAAAUGAUCCCUGCAUUUCCUCAAGAUGUUUAGUGGCAGUCUGGUAAGCAAAGCAGUCUGAGCAAGAAAUAGGAAAUGCAGAAAUAGGUUUUGUCUGGUUGCAUAUAAUCUUUGCUCUUUUUAAGCUCUGUGAGCUCUGAAAUAUAUUUUUGGGUUACUUCAGUGUGUUUGACAAGACAGCUUGAUAUUUCUAUCAAACAAAAAUGACUUUCAUAUUGCAACAACCUUUGUAAGAACCACUCAAAUAAAAUUCUCUUAAAAAGGCCACA